AUGAUGCGUCUUUUUGUGUUUCUGUGGAUGUGGACUCUCCUCCCGCUGUGUCAUGCAGUCAUUUACACCAACAAGUGGGCGAUUAAAAUCAACGGUGAUCUUCAGUCUGUGAACAGGAUAGCAGAAAAAUAUGGAUUUACUAAUAUGGGUCAGAUCGGAGACCUGAAGACUUAUUACAGUUUUCAUCACCAUGAGACUGCGAAACGCUCCACCGUGUUCAACAAAGAGGUGACUGUGACCAUCGCCAAGGAGACCAAGGUGGAAUGGCUCCAACAGCAGGUGGUUCAGAAAAGGGCAAAGAGGACCUCCAGGGCCGGUCACGUCUACUCCACUGACGACUCCGCGGGCUGCCGGCCUUAUAUGAACAUCGUAGGAGCCUGGAGACGAGGUUAUACUGGGAAGGGUGUGGUGGUGUCCGUCCUCGAUGAUGGCAUUGAGAAAGAGCAUUUGGAUCUCAAGCCAAAUUAUGAUCCCCUCGCCAGCUAUGAUGUGAACGGACAAGACCAAGAUCCUUCUCCAAACGACUCCGACGAUUCGAACUACCAUGGGACUCAGUGUGCAGGGAUGGUUGCAGCGGCUGCAAAUAACUCUCAGUGCACACUUGGAGUCUCUUUCCAUGCACGGAUAGGCGGCGUCCGCAUGCUGGAUGGAGAUGUGACAGACAUUGUGGAGGCACAGUCCCUGAGUCUCAGACCACAACAUAUCGAUAUUUACCUAAGCAGCUGGGGGCCAGAGGAUGACGGGACCACUUUGGACGGACCUGGGCCUCUGACCCGGCUUGCCUUGCAGAACGGUGUCCAAACAGGUCGGCGUGGACGAGGCUCCGUUUUUGUCUGGGCGUCAGGGAACGGAGGGCGAAGAGGUGACCACUGUUCCUGCGAUGGAUACAGCAACAGCAUCUACACCAUCUCUGUGAGCAGCACCACGUGGAGGGGAACCCCGCCAGGAUUCACAGAGCGGUGUUCCUCCACACUGGCAACCGCUUAUACGAGUGGAGAUGCAAAAGACACGGUGACUCUGGGUCGGCAUCAGAGCUGUACCAGGGCCGGUCCAGGCUCCUCCCUCUCCUCCUCCAUGGCGGCAGGUGUCAUCGCUCUCACUUUAGAGGCCAACCCCCUGCUAACCUGGAGAGAUGUGCAACAUAUUAUUGUCCAAACUUCAAAACCUCACCGCCUUCAUGCACCAGACUGGAACAUGAAUGGAGCUGGAUACAUAGUGAGCCACCUGUACGGCUUCGGCCUGCUGGAUGCUGAGAGCAUGGUGAAGGAGGCUGAACGCUGGAGACGAGUCCCCUCGCAGCAUGAGUGUGUGGAGGAGGCUCCCAGCCGACAGAGCAGUGUUAUUCAUCCGGGCUCGGUGCUGACGUCUGUGCAUGAGACUACAGGCUGCUCUAACAAGCCCUUGCAGCACGUUGUUUAUGUGGAGCAUGUCAUUGUCCGCGUUACCAUCGUUCAUAGUCGUCGUGGCGACCUAUCCAUUAGGCUCUCAUCACCUUCAGGCACCGUGUCGCAGCUGCUUGAUAACAGGCCUCUGGACAACUCUACCGAGGGAUUUCAGGAUUGGGAGUUCAUGACAACUCACUGCUGGGGGGAACAGGCAGCAGGGGAGUGGACUUUGGAAAUCCAAGAUACUCCCUCUCCAACAAGGAACAUCAUUGCACUAGGGGCGCUGAAAGAGUGGUCCCUGGUGAUUUAUGGCACCGCAGAGCAGCCGUACCCUGUGCACUGUAAGCAAGUGCGAUCAGCUGAGAUGCCGAUGGAUAGUGACCCCACUGAAGAAUACAGUGGACCCUGCGACCCAGAAUGCAGUGACGAUGGCUGUGAGGGGCCCAGCCCCCAGCAGUGUGUCACAUGCUUACACUUUUUUCUCAAGUUCAAGAACAACACAAGAACAUGCGUAUCUGAGUGUCCCAGGGGAUUCUGGGGGGACCGCCGGCGUUGUAAGAGGUGCUACUCGUCCUGUGAGAGCUGCACCGGGAGUCGCAGUGACCAGUGUACGUCCUGCCAACCCGGUCAUCACCUGACCGAGGGGAUGAACACCUGCACCGCUAUCUGCAGCGAUGGCUACUACCUGGACCACGAUGCAAAUAUGUGCAGAAUGUGUAGUGAAAACUGCUUGAAGUGCACCUCCUACAGCAUCUGCACAGAAUGCAAACCAGACACAAGUCUGCAGGGGAAUCGAUGCCAGCGGAGCUGCGCGCCAGGAUUUUACCACGAUAAGCAGGAAGGAGCGUGCAAGCCCUGUCACCAGGCCUGCGCUACUUGUUUAGGUGCAGGUUUUGAAGCAUGCAAUCAUUGUGCAGAAGGAUACUUCAUGGAGGGAUGGAGGUGUGUGUCCUCCUGCAGUGCUGGCUUCUAUGCUACAGAGCCAAACCCAGAGAUAGCUGAUGGGCACAGGAUAUGUAGGAGGUGUGAGUCCAGCUGUCUCACCUGUGUGGGGCCGAGCCAGGGGAACUGCAGCAGCUGUUCCAGCGGUCACAGCCUGCAGGAGGGAGUGUGUGUGCUUAACACCCAGUGUGCAGACGGAGAGUUUCAGGACAGUAACGGGAAGUGCCAUGCCUGUGAUGAAACAUGUCUGAAGUGCACAGGGCCGCAGAGCAAAGACUGCAUCAGCUGUGUUUCCUCACGGGCUCUGGAUGAAGGCCGCUGUGUGGAGGCGUGUGCCAGAGGCCAGUACCAGUCUGGAGGCCAGUGUCACCUGUGCGACCACACCUGCGCCACCUGUUCAGAUGCAGGGCCUGGCAACUGUACCAGCUGUGACAAAGAUAAGUUUGGCAUGGAGCGGUACAUGUAUGAAGGUCAGUGCGUGGACACUUGUCCCUCAGCUUUUUACCACACCAAGGAGAGCUGUGAGCCGUGCUCCGACCACUGCAGGCUGUGCUCCAGCUCCACCCGCUGCCUCAAGUGUAACUCUUCCUAUUACCUCUCUGAUGGAGCGUGUACAAGGCUGGAGUGUGGAGAAGGGGAGGUGGAAGAUCCAGAUUACAAUAACUGCAUGACCUGCGAGGAGGGCUGCAAGAAGUGUGUCCUGUAUAACCCCAGGCAUUGCCUUUCCUGCAUUGAGGGCUUUUACAAUUUUCAGGACGGCUGCUACAAAACAUGUCCGGCUAAGACGUACAGUGUAGAUGAGGAGAUGACCUGUGUUCCCUGUGAUGACAACUGUGUGAGCUGUGACGAACAUGAGUGCUACUGGUGUGAGACAGACCUGUUCUUAUCAGAGGGGAGAUGUGUUUCAGAUUGUCCUGAUGGUUUCUAUGGUGAUGAAGACACCAACGACUGCGAGGAGUGUCACCCGGACUGUGUGACAUGUAGCGGCCAGGAGGACGAUGACUGUCUGUCGUGUGAGGAGGGAAAGAUUCUAGAAAAUGGAGAGUGUGUGUCUGACCACGAGGCCUGUCCCAUUAAGACGUUUCGCAGUGAUGACGGUGCAUGUGAGGACUGCCACCUGUCCUGUGAAUCCUGCUCUGGAGAGGAGAAGAAUCAGUGUAUAACCUGCACUAAAGGGCGGUUUCUGACUCCACAGCAAACAUGUGUGUUAAAGUGUCCGGGGGGUUUCUUUGCCAGUCGACUGAGCGGCGUGUGUGAGGCCUGCCCUUCAGGAUGUUUGCAGUGUGUGGACGCUCAGCACUGCACCCGCUGUCUGAGCUCUCGCAAAGCUUUGUUAUUUCUACAGGACGGACAGUGUGUGCAACAGUGUGUCAGGGGUUAUCCUGCUGGUCAGGUGUGUCGUAGCUGUGCACCAGGCUGCUCGUCCUGUGUGAGGAACGCCACCCACUGCCUCAGCUGUGACGAACCUCUUCUCCUACACAAACACCAGUGUGUGGAGGACUGUCCUCCAGCACAUGCUGUCCAGGACGGGGAGUGCCAACACUGUCCCUCAGCCUGUCAGGAGUGUAACCCACUGGGCCAGUGCACAGACUGUGAGGAGUAUCAUUUUCUCCAUGAGGGCCGUUGUGUGCUGGACUGUCCUGAGAGGUUCUUUGAGGACAACGACCAAAGGGAGUGUUCACGUUGCCACUCUGAUUGUGAUUUUUGUGAUGGACCGAACAAUGACGACUGUGACAGCUGCGUAGAUCCGGAGGCCGUGCUGUACAACGGGGCCUGUCUGGAAGCCUGUCCCUCACAUACCUACAGGGACGCCACGUCUGGAGAUUGUAAAGAAUGUGAUGCGACUUGUCUAACCUGCUGGGGGCCCCACCCUGACGCCUGUACCUCCUGCAGAGAGGGCGAGCACCUGGAGGGCCACGGGCGCUGCGGGCCAUCACCCAAGUGCACGCCUCGGCAGUACGCAGACCAGGACGGGGAAUGCCACCCGUGUCACAAAUACUGCCACAGGUGCUCCGGUCCAGGCACAACCGACUGCCUGAGCUGCAACCAGAGACAUCUGCUGCUCAAUGGCACCUGUGUGGAUGAAUGCCCAACAGGCUACUAUCAGGAUGAGGUGGGGCAAAAAUGUGAAUCAUGUCACCCUUCCUGUCAGUCCUGCGUUGGAAAGCACAGCCAUGAGUGCCUCACCUGCGAAUCCAAUCUAUUUCGAGAGGGCAAAGAGUGUGUGGUGACCUGCCAGCACAGUCACUAUGGAAACAGGGAGUCGAGGAUGUGUGAGAAGUGUGACCCCAGUUGUGGAGAGUGUACCGGGGGUGAGGACGACAGCUGCCUGAGCUGUGCUCUGGGCCUCAUCUACCUGCGGAAAGAGGGCCGUUGUGUGCCCUCGUGCCCUCAGGGAUACUACCAUGACACUGUCCACAGGACCUGCGAGGUCUGCCAUGCCACCUGCAAAACCUGCUCAGCAAAAGAUUUCCAGUCCUGUGACUCGUGCCACCCUGGAUACCUGCUGUCAGACGGUGUGUGUGAAUCUAUGUGUGACGGAGGCCAGUAUCCUGUCAUAAAGGGUUCAGGACACGACUGUGAAGACUGUGACAGCUCCUGUCUGGAGUGUCGAGGCCCCGGUCCGACCGGCUGUACCGUGUGUCCUGCUCAGGCCAUACUAGAGACCGGGGGGCGCUGCCUGCUGUGCUGCCGCCACAAAGACGAAGAUGAAGAGGCGGCAGACCAAGCCCUGCAGCAGGACUGUUGUAACUGCACUGAGACCCGAGGAGAGUGCGUCCUCAGCACCAACUUGGCGUUCAGGAACGAUGAGGAAAAGGAGGACAGAGGAAACCUGGCCGUCUUCAUCACCGCCUGCGUCCUGCUGGUGCUUGUACUCGGGGUAAUUGUUUUCCUCAUUAGACACUCCCGCUCCAAAAGCGCGGCCCGUGACCUUCCUCCCCGCGGCUACGAGAAGCUGGGCUCCGGCGGGGGGUUUGGAAGCGGCGGCAGAGGCUACAGCUCGGCGUCAUCGGCGUCCUACAGCGGCCGCGCAGGCUCCUCCAGCGGACGCUUCCAAGAGUCUCAACUAGUCGACAUCAGCGACCGUCACUCAGGGAGUAAGGACGAUGACGAUGACGAUGAUGAAGAUGAGGACAUUGUGUACAUGGGCCAGGACGGCACCGUCUACAGGAAGUUCCGGUACGGACAACUGGGAGACGACAACGAGGACGAGCUGGAGUAUGAUGAUGAGAGCUACACGUUUAGAUGAAGCACAAGAAUUCGUGUGUCGUCUUUCCUUUUUUUUUUCCUGUCUCAUUUUCUUCUUUCUUUUUUUUUUCUGUCUCAUUCCUUUUUCUGGGCUGUUUAUCUCCCCGAGGCCCCGAGGGACAUUUAUCCUUCACUGAAUAUGAGCUGACCAAAUGAGACAUGAGAAGCUAUUUAUAAUGAGCAGUAAUCGUUCACCAAAUGAAAAGUGCUGCAGAAAAAUGAAACAUGUUUCUUAAAUGGCACUUUUUACACAGUUAAGGUUGAUUUUCUAGGCUGGUUUGAAGUAUGUUUUAUGCCUUCCCACAUAUAUUACACCAUUUAUCACUGGCAGUUUACUAGUUUGGUCAAUUUCAUCUAUCAUAGUAAUCGUUCUUUAAUUGCUGUGGUGUUGGAUUAGCAUUUUAAAUGUGACUGUUUAUUCCUUUUCUGUCUUAUGUGUUUGCUGUCAUUGGCUUUUAAUUUGAAAAUAUAUUAUUCUGUUCCAAAAAAAAAAAAAAGAAAAAUUGUGACUUCACAAGACAAAAAAUGGCUGAUUUUGUCAUUUACCGCAAAAGCCGAUUAAGUCUUC